GAAGAGCACCCGGAACCACUGGCGGUACGUCACUGUUGCCUGAUUGGUCAUCCGGAAGAGGGGAUCUUCCGCCAGUGCCUGAGGAACCCACCGGCGUAGGACUUUCUGCAGUGAACGCUCGCCGAGUGACUUCAUCGCCUGAUCAGUCUCUCACUUGGUCUCUCACUGCGUGGAAGCAAGAAUUGUCCUUGUGACUCUAUCUAGUAGCAGGCCCACAUUGUCCCUGUCCUACAUCCGGCCCUUUUGCAUUUCGUCUCCGUUGUUCACUGCCUCCUCCCCGCAUCAUGGCCGCCGACCUCUCCAACUCGAGGGAGCUAUACGAGUCGGGACUGACGGUCCACUCGGACUCUGAGAACUACUCGGCCAACCACGAUAUAUCCGGGUCCCAGUCAUCUUCUUCGAGCUCCCCCUUGAUCCUCUACAAGCCCCCUACUUUCUGGAGCAUCCUGCGAGGGGCUGCAAUCAACCUUGUCCUCCCGUUCGUGAAUGGCCUGAUGUUGGGAUUUGGCGAAUUGUUCGCACAUGAAGCAGCCUACAGACUGGGAUGGUCCGGAACCAAGGUCUUCCCCACGCAUCGUCGAUCAAGGCCUUUGGGACCCGGGAUUGAGGUUCGAGACGCUCCGUCGUCGCGGAGGGGCACUAGGGCGGCUGGUCUGCAAGACGCUGCGUCUCUAGAGUAGAACGAUAUAGAUCAUUGCACCCGAUUCUCAUUGGCAUGUACGGGGGAGACGGGCAUGAAAACUGUUUGGCUCUUGUCGCGGGGUUACAAUGUACAUAGAUCAAGCAUCAGUAAUCGGUCUGACUGGACGGCGUCUGGCGAACCACCUCGAAUUUGACAUCUCAUCUGGCUGGAGGCUAAACAUGUAUCUAGACCGGCACUCCGUUGAGCAGCCGGCUACCGCCCGGCAGAAAAGCGGGCUUGGCACCGAAAAAG